UGUACUUGGCUAACGCUAACAGUAUGAAUGAGAGGCACACGAUAUCAUGGUAAAACUAUAAAUCAAAUCUCACUUGUUCGAGAUUGAAGGUGCUGUGCUGUUAUCAGGAGACAACAUUUGCCUUCUUAAUGAAAGGCUGAUCGUCUUCAUGUGGAACCUAUCCGUGGAACCGGUCAGGCCGACCCGUAAUAAAUGGUUCUGGUUCUGGCGCUGAGACGGACCUUUCCCCCCAUUCGCACUGCACUAGAAGAGGUUCUGCAGUUCUACUCGAACGGUCCAUCAUGGAGGUCAUUGUAAAAGUGAAAGAUUCCCAAGAAGAGAAGGAGUCUUCUUUUCUCUCACUUAGCUGCGGCUACAGCGACAUCAAGCCAGCCAGUAUUGAGUUGAUACUAAAGGAGGAGGAAGUUGCAGAAGACCGGGACGCGGCACUACUGCAAGCAUGUCAACAGGUCGCUAUGGUGAAGAUGGAGGAGUUCGAAGAACAUGAAGAGGGUUGUCGUCGACAAGAUGCGGACAGCGGAGAGACUCCGUGUAGAGUUCGCUUUCCGCCGCUGCAUCUCAGUGACGGCCUGUCGGGUUGCGGGGAACGUCAACCGCCGCCUUCGCACCAGUGCUCUCCGGUGACCACCAUGGUGUCUUCCCUGUCAAACCAUCUCAGGACAUCACACACUGCAGAGAGGCCUCCGUUUAGCCAAGCAACAGCAUUGAGAGUAGACUACGGAGCAAGGGAAAGAUUACUUCCUGUUUCGUGGGACCUGCGCGAGGAGUCAAGGAGGCCGGAUCUCAUGGAUAAGCUACAAGACCGGUCCAGACACCGAAAUAAGAUGAACGCAGCCACUGAGGAGGAGGAGCAUCACCACCGGCGUAUGUCUACGUUGCUGGGCAACAAGAAUGCGGCCAAGCACACGCGGCUGAUAGAGUUCGGCUGGAUGCACAACGGCAGACAGGUGCGCAGCCGCAAUGGCGGAGGCACGCGGCGGUUGGUCAUGCCCAAGAACGCCAGUUACGACGACCUCUUCCAGCUGGGGAAGGAGAUGUUCUUCCCGGAGGGGCUCUCCACCAAGGGCCCCGAGACUGACUUCCUGUUCCAAAUCCGGGACUACAGCGGCACGCAGAUGCCCCGCGAUGCAACCGUGGGAGCGCUCUAUGAGCCCCUCAAGCAUGGAAUGCUGCGACUCUACCUGUGCUCAGGUGAUCGCGGCGAACUCGAACCCGAGUCUGAGUUAAGAUUGGAGUCCGGGUCCGAGUCGUGCGGUUCUGAGCACGUGUCAAGCCCGAGCAGGCCCCAGCUCGGGCCGCCACCGCGCUCGACGUCGACUUCAAUGUCAUCGCUGUCAUCGGACGUCAACUGCGUUGCCUCCAGCGAUUUAGCUCACGAGGUCCUCGGGUACCCGGACGAGUCGUAUCACUUUGCGGUCGAGGCGUUGGCAUCGCCGCCGUCUUUUAGAUCCGGACACCACGCGCAGUUAGAGUUGAAUAGUUGUGACUCGCAAGCUCCCAAGCUUCUCUGUGACUCCCAGGAGUCGCGCGUCCCCGCUCUUGAGGCUCCGUCUCAACCAAAGAGGUCUCGGUGGGAGCCGUCGUGUCCCAGCUCCACUUCGAGGACGCUCAGACUGCGGCGCGUCAACAUCGCCCGCGACAUGAUCAAGCAGUUCGAAGACCCCAGCAUGAUGGACGCCGCUCUGUCUGUAAGCUUCGUCGGCGAAUCUGCCGCCGACGCGUCCCGCCUGGCCUCUGCAUCCGUGAGCUUCGCAGACGAGUCUGGCGUCAACGCGCCAGGCCAAGCAUCCCCUCGGGAAGCGUAUUCCAGGUUUUGGGCAGUGUUCUUGCAGGCGGACGCUGCGGCGGCAGCAGUGAGCGAAACGACGACGCGCAUCCCCUCCCUGCUGCCUGACCGGGGCAAGGCAGAGUGGGAGGCUGCCGGCAGGAUCCUGCUGAAGGGCUAUCGGGACGUCGGCUACUUCCCCACCCGCCUACCCCUUGCCUUCGCCGUCUGUCUCGUUCACGGAGAGGAGGCGCUCACCCCGGAGAUGCUCAUCAAGUCUUUCCUGAGGUUCACCGGCACAGCAGAGAGGGACAUUCUCUGCGCCGCCCUGGAAGGAAGUACGUACGAGAUUGAUGGCUUGCUCGAUGUCCUCCACAGGAUGUGCGUCAGAACCUUGCCAGAUGGGGGCAACAUUGAGGACGUCGUCGUACGAAUAGCACAUGCUCAGUUGAUCCAGGGGCCCAUGUACCCCUUGGUCAGGAUGGCCAGCACCGCCCAGAAAGGCCUCAGGCAGCUCCUGCCCACGUCGCAGGUCGAGAUUUACGAAUAUCCGGCGGCAAGGCGGCAUUACACCCUGAGCAGGAUAACCAUGGCAACAACACAUCAUCAGUAGGGAAAAAAAAAAAACACUAACCUGUCUCGCGACCCAGCUCACGUUCCCUGUUAGUGGGUGAACACACUUGGUGAAUUCUACUUCACAAUGAUGGGAAGAGCCGACAUCAAAGCCCUGUGGAAGUCCUGGGUGUGUGUGUGUUCCACCCACUCACUGAACCAGCGGAUUCUGAUUAGAAUGGCGGGGUUUUGACUCUGUUUCCCUAUCCUCUGGAUCUAAUACAUACAUACAAGCCUCAGGGUGUUUGUGUGUUCUCAUUGGACUUUAUCUAGUCACUGUGUGUGACUGUAAUAGCUGUACUUUAUAAAAACAUUCUCCCAAAUCACACACACAUUAUUAUUAUUAUUAUUAUUAUUAUUAUUUGUGAUUUGUAUGUUGACCAGUGUAUGUUGUACAUUUUCACAAUCCAUGAACUUUAAUAACAGAAUUGAACACAUUUGUUUUUAAAUUCACACUUUAAAUGAUGCUUUCUAAGACCUGUACAAAUGACUGCUGUGUAUUUGUGACACAACAAUGUGAAGCAGAGCGGGUGUAAA